AUGGUCUCGACCGCUGACUGCCAGACAAUUGACGGCACAAAACAAUUGUUAACCGAAGCCCAGGGGUUGGGACCCAUUGGAGGGGUAUUUCAUUUGGCACUCGUUUUGAACGACUGUCUUCUGGAGAACCAAACGGUCGAUAAGUUUUGCGAAGCGAUUCAUACAAAGCAUAAAAUUUUCGCAAAUUUGGAUCAAAUGAGUCGACAAUUGGAUUAUAAUUUGGAUUAUUUUGUGGUCUUUUCGUCGAUAACUUGCGGCAAAGGAAAUGGAGGUCAGUCUCAGUACGCGUUUGGGAACUCCAUGUGUGAACGCAUUUGCGAAGAAAGGCGUAGGGAUGGUCUGCACGGACUGGCCGUACAGUACGGACCCAUCGGUGAUGUGGGAGUGUUCACAGACGCCGACCAAUUGAUACAAAUGACAAACUUUCAAAAACAACGGAUCCACUCGUGUUGUGAUGUUUUGGACAAAUUGUUGGCAAUGAAUGCACCGAUUGUCACGUCAUUUGUGAGGGCUGAACGGGCCGUCCAAACCGGUGGGACUCGUCAAAAGCGAAUGGUUAAGGAGUUAUGGCGGGCACUGGGCAUAGACCCGGACACCACCCCCGACCACCUAACCCUGGGUGAGAUCGGAAUGGAGUCGAUGUUUGCGGUGGAGUUACAGCAGGAACUGGAGAGGGAGUGGAACAUCAAGAUGUCUAUAAAUCACGUCAAGAAUAUAACCAUCAAAAUGUUGAAGGACUACGAGGCCGGACGGGUAGAGAAUAUCAAGCGCUACGUGGACGACGUAAAGGUAGCCCGUGCCAAGUUGGCCAAGUACCGAUUUGUCAUACCCAAGGACCAAACCACUCGAGUUAACAAUGUUAUGGAGGGAAAGCCGGUCUACUUUAUGCCUACAUUUGACGGCGGGUUCCGCCAAUUUGAAGAAUUUGGCAAAAAGAUCGAUCGCCCGGUGAUUGGCCUCAACUGGACCCGUGAUCUGGAUAAUUACCACACGCUAAAGGAGUAUGGCAAAUAUUUCACCAAGCUACUCGAGCAGUUGGAGCCACAGGGUAACUAUGAUGUGGUGGGCUAUUUCGAUGGGGCGAUGAUCGGCACCAAACUGUUACGAAAGGCCGGCAUCUCGAAGGCUGUAAUACUAGACGUGUUGUCUGAAUCCCGGUUUAACGAGGACUAUGUGACCGACGAGUAUAUCCUGGACUUCAUAUUCGAGUUCAUAUCUUAUGAGAUACCCGAGUCGUUUAGGGAGAAAAUCAGGCGUGAUAUGAAGAAUGAGCAAGGUAUCGACAACCGUAUUCGUAGGGCGUGCUCAGAGAUACGGGAGUUUGCCGGCAAAGGACUCGUAGCCACGGAUUUGGAGGAUAUCAUUAAGAAUGCGUUCAAAAGGGCUAAACUGUUGUCCACUCAUAGAGUGGAGAAAAAGAGAAAUAUGUCGGCAUUGAAGCUAAAUAUUGCCAGAAAGUGGGCUAAAAGGACGGGUAAACUCGUUGUCAUUAAGCCCCUGGAGUUCGUCCAGAUUCAGGACGAACACGAGUUUUUAAGUAAAGCGCGUGAACUGUACUUCCUGCCAGAUAACCCUGCUCAUGAUAAUGACGACAAUUGUGCCAUUGAUUUCGUUAAAGUGGAUGAAUGUCCGUUCGCAGUAGCGUCCGAAAAGAUUGGACAAAAGGUGCUGGAUGCUCUUAAUGAUUGA